GAAGACUGGUGCCUGUGGUACCAUUUAUCCAUCAUUGCAAAGGAUUCAUCAAUCAAUAAUUCUCUUGAUUGGAAAAUGAAAGUCUAUUUUGCUAUUGUAGCAAUCUUCCUUGUACUGAUUGCUGCAGGAGCCAAUGCCCAGGAUCCAAAACAAAGUGAUGUCUUUGAACAGGAACUAAACAGAGAGGAUAAUCCAGGAGGAGAUGGCCUUGAAAAAGAAGCAAUGGAAGAGCCAGAUGGAAGCCAGCACUUAAGCAGUGACAAACCUCACCCAGUGAAUAUUGCAAAUGCACAUGCUCAAGGCCGCAGGUACUACACCUGUCACUAUUGCAUCUGCAGCAAACCACGUGGGAGCCAUGGAAUGUCAUAUACUUCAUCAUGUUACAGAUGUUAUGGAAGGAGCCGUAAAUGGCAGCGUUGCUACUACUGCAGCUGCAGUGCUCAGUACAAUAAUUAUUACUCUUAUUUCGGAUUCUGCUACUCGUGUUAUUAAAAGAUGAGCGCAUCUUCAAAAUACGGAAAAUGGACCCUCAACUUUAUAUUGUAGUGCAGUUGAUAUUAUUAUUAUUGUCAUUAGGUAGCGACAGUUUUGUGAACUUUCAUUUUAUUAAAACUGUACAGUGCAACAAUGUAUUGUGUUCAUUAGUAUUUUAGCAUUAAUUAUCAUAA